CACAAUUUCUCCUCCAUACCACCAGACACAGUGGUGCAAACGGAUGAUUCACAACCCUCCCGCGGGCCUUUUUGCACUUUUGCCAACCAGUUCUUUGCUCCUUUGCCCUUUUGCUCUCGAUCAGCCUCCGCCUUUUCUCCCGAAUCGAAGUGAAAGAGAGAAUCCUAGACUGUCGUCGACCACGCCCCCGAAGACAAUAUAAAGAAGCACCCAGUCGCCGUUGGAAGCGAAUUGCUCACUGCAACUCUUCCCCCCCACAAUCCACUCGUCUUCGCAACAACUGCUCGACCCCUCCUUUCACUGAACUCUUUUCCACCGUUUCUACCUCUUCUCAACACAAUCACCCCAAAUCACCGCGGCUACUGAGUGAACAUGGCUGUACGAGCACAGUUCGAAAACUCCAACGAAGUGGGCGUUUUCGCCAACCUCACAAACAGCUACUGCCUCGUCGCCGUCGGGGCCUCCGAGAACUUCUACUCCAUCUUCGAAUCCGAACUCGCCGACCUCAUUCCCAUCGCUCACUGCACCAUCGCCGGCACCCGCAUCGUUGGCCGCCUGACCUCAGGAAACAAGAACGGUCUGCUGGUCCCUACGUCCACUACAGACCAGGAAUUACAACACCUACGGAAUACUCUGCCAGAUAGCGUCAAGGUCGAGAGGAUAGAGGAGAGACUAUCGGCACUUGGGAAUGUCGUGUGUUGCAAUGACCAUGUCGCCCUCGUCCAUCCUGAUCUCGAACGAGAGACCGAAGAGAUCAUCGCAGAUACCCUCGGUGUCGAAGUCUUUCGCCAAACGGUCGCCGGCAACGUGCUAACCGGCUCCUACAUGUCCCUCUCAAACCAAGGCGGCAUCGUCCACCCGAAAACAAGCAUCCAAGACCAAGAUGAGCUGAGCUCGUUACUACAAGUGCCCCUUGUGGCGGGCAGUGUCAACCGGGGAAGUCCCGUCGUCGGUGCCGGCAUGGUUGUCAACGACUGGCUGGCAGUGACGGGCAUGGACACCACGGCGACCGAGCUGAGCGUCAUCGAGAGUGUCUUCAGACUGGGUGAAGGUGGUCCAGGUGGACUGGACGCCAGGAUGAAAGCAAACAAGGAGAGCAUCGUCGAGAGCUUCUACUGAGCAUCGCUUUGUGACCUCUGCACAUAUCCUUAUUCGACAUUUGGUGUUGUGUGUUGUCACUAUCGACAAAUUUUGGCUCACGGAUAACAAUGCGUCCCUCACGGCAGGUUGGUUUGCAUAUAUCAGUCGCAGACGAGGUAUGGGGACGCACCCUCGGGCGGCUAGGACAAACAACCUCGAUGAAUUUCCUCCAUCCCACUUUUCUCCCCGACCUCUGAUGAGAUCCGCGUCGCAGCGGGUGCCGCUCCCGCUAUUGGAUUCGAAGACUGGAAAAGACUGGUUCGGGCCGUCAGAGAGGGCCACAUUCGCCGAAACGACAAAGGCGGAAAGUUUGUGGGAUUACUGAGCCGGAACUUGAGCUGGAGCUCGAGACCGAGCAGGAGCAAGGGCGGGAGCGCAGAGUCAAGUUCAGCAAAGUGGGCGGUCCUAAGCACACUCGCCUGUUAGUCCUCGACCCGUUGAUCGCCGUUGAGCCGACUCAAUAACCGGGGUAUGAUGAUGACGGGGCAUGGCUUAUCACUUUACAAAAAAGUCACGAUUCUUGCCAAAGUACGACGGGAUGAACGAGGAACGAAGAGAGGGCAAGAAUCAAGAAAAGAAGGGGGAAGCAAAGACUGCGCUCGCACAAGCAGAAGCCAUAGGGUUUUAUUCGAGCGGGGGUUGCUACCCUUCCCACGCCCCGCCACGGCGAGGGCUGCCGUUUGAAAUUGAUCCAUGGACUGAGCGAGCGAGGACCGCGAGAGAGACGGAGACGGCGUUUCCAUCGUCUCUGGUCUCCUGGAAUAGCCAGCCCGUGCAUGUGCCAAGUCCAAAUCCCAAGUUCCCAACUAGAUUCCCCCGAUCGAGAUUGAGAUUCACUUAAUAAUGGCGCCCUCUCCUCUCCCUCUUUUUCUGCCUCUUUCUCCUUCUCUGCCUCUACCUGUACGUUAGGCUCAUCCCCCCGCUUCUGCCCUUCUUUCCUCAAUUGGUUUCAAAAGGCCCUCGGUUUUAUAAGGAAACUCUAGCUGCAAGCCGAACUUUGGCAUCUUGAUGUUGAAGAAACUACUCGCCUGUGUAGCAAUCAUAUCACGUCCCGCGCGUGCUACACUACACGACAUGGCCUCACGCCCAUCGUCAAUUGGGGGAGGAAGAGGCAGUGACUUGACUCCAAAAAGGACGGGGUGAA